UCCAAAUAUGAACUGAAAUGUUUGCAUUGGUAUGAUUUGUCACGUCUCUCGGACAAUACUGGACUGCUGAUCUCUUUUUGACUUUGCAGACGACGCCGACGCUCAUAUUGUGACUUAAUAGAUUGUGACCAAUAUUGAUUUUAUCUUUGAAGGAACAUAACAUGUCAUCUCAUUGAACAAAGAAUCAUCUACAAAUCGUAAAUCUAAGAGGACAGGGAUCACUAUUCAUGAUGCACAAUUAUCACUCCAGAACAAGCCUUGGGGGGAUAGCUAGAAAGAGAUCAUCGAUGGCCCAAAUUGUGUCCAACACGCUAAUAAAGGGCCAGCCAGAAAAGCCCUCAAAUACGUCAUUACUAAGAGGUCAAGGACAUCUUAUAAAAUCUCAGUCACCUGAAGGAGAGGUCAUUGAAGAUAUGUACCUUGAAGAAAUACUGCAUUCCGGAGAAAAAGAUGAAGUCGACGGUGCAUCUAAAAAGAACAACAUCAGAGCGAAGCUAGGAUUUUUCAGACUUCUCAUUCACGAUUUCAAGAUAUGGAAAAAGCGUUGGAAAAACAAACAGAUUGAACAACCAUUCUUUAGAAAACAGAUCAAGGAAAUAGAAAGUAACUUUGGUUCCAGUAUUGGUGCUCUCUUUGUGUUUACCCGAUGGGUUCUGAUGACGAAUCUUGUUCUAUCCUUUUUCUGGCUCAGUAUUGUUGUGGUUCCCAUGGCAAUAACCUUCCCCUAUGGCAAUGUUACACACGGGUUCACACUUAGAAACUUAAUUGACGGACAGGGAGUGUUGGGGGAGGUUUGGGUUUUCUAUGGAGGAUACCAGCCAUGGACCCUAGGUGACAACUACUACCUGGCCCUUGCAUACCUAUCUUUGAUCAUCAUAACAUAUUUUGGGACGCUCUUUGUUAUACUGAAAAGCAUAGGAAAAGCAGCCUCGCCGAGAUCGACCUCGGCAGCUGAAAGUCGAUUCAGAUUUUCUCUUAUGCUCCUGUCCUCCUGGGACUACUCUGUGACGUCACCAGCGGCCAGCAAAAAUUUGUCUAAAUGCAUAGUAAGCAUGCUGAAGGAUCAUAUAUACGAAGCCAGAGCUAAAGAUGCUGCAUACACUAUGAACAAAAGACAAAUUAUUGGUCUCAGAAUUCUAGCUUGGUUCAUUACAGUACUUAUCAUUGGUGGCGCUUGUGUUACCAUUGUAUUCCUCGUUAUUUAUGUGAAUUUUACAGACCAGACUUCAGAUACCAAAGAGAGUAAGACUGAUUUUAUACAUGUAUAUGGUACACCUAUUGUAUUUAGUCUCAUUAAUAUGCUGGUCCCUGCAAUAAUAACCAAGUUACCAAUGAUUGAGAAGUAUUCAAAUGGGAAGGUGGAGUUGAGUAUCACUCUAGCCCGAGUGUUUUGUCUGCGGAUGGCCAAUCUCUUUGCUCUCAUAGUGACCUUAUAUAGUCGGCUUACUAAGUUAACAUAUGAUUGUACUGGAACAGUUAUAGGACAAGAACUGUACAAACUGGUUGUCAUGGAUACAUUUGUACACUUAUUCGGACAGCUAGCAGUGAACUACAUUCGAUAUUUCUGGACGCAGGAAAAGUCAGAAUUUGUUAUAUCAGGACAAGCAUUAGUUUUGAUUUACCGACAAGGACUUAUAUGGGUUGGUACCCUGGCCUGUCCUUUACUUCCGCUGAUCGGUGUCUUCUCUGACGUCAUAUUCUUCUAUGUGAACUACUACAUUGUUAGGGACACCUGCAAACCCCCUCUGAAGCGGUGGAGUCAGUCAAGAAACACGGGUUUUCUCACGGCAUUUUUACUGGUCACACUUAUCCUGAUUAUUAUUCCAAUUUCCAUUGUCAUUGGCAGUCAGCAGGUUAUCAACCUUGGACAUUCUUCUAGCUGUGGGCCCUUCGGUCAAGAGAAGCCUACAUCAGUGUAUACGAAGUUCCAGCUACAACAGUCUCCUCUGUUCCAGAGAAUCAUGCAGUGGGCUGUGUCAGACAGCGUGGUGCUACCCUUGUUUCUUCUGCUGUUGGCAUAUAUAUUUUACCAAAGAGUGUUAAUAUCAGGGGAGAAAAGACAUCGCCUGAUACUUCAAGCAGAGCUAUUACAGGAAUCUGAAGACAAUGCAGAUUUACUUGGUAAAUUACAGGGUAUACCCAGUUAUUCCUGAUAAACUGGAAUGAUAACUUUAUCACAUACUAGCAUACUCUUAGGUCUUUUUCAUGGCGUUUUAAUUCUUAGAACAUAUUUUUCAUUCAACAUUGAUACAAUUAAUCACAAACAUAGAUGUAACUAUACAAAAUGCAUAUUGUACAUUGUGACAAUACAUUGUUACAUUUUACUGUGUAUUUGGUACACUUAGUGCAAAUCAAAUAUAGUCACGGUGUACAACAUAAAAAUACUACAUUAUUCAUUUACUUUAUUUUGAAAAGAUGUAUAAAGAAUGUUUUCAU